UCACAGUCUGUUACAGUCGCAGCUUACAACAGAGUUCUGAGGAUAUUCAGUUCAGUGAUUUUCAGCAAAAUCUUGUCUGCAUAAUCAUCAUGGAGAUUCAAAGUCCAGCGAUCCCUCCGUCAGUGCCUGAGGACGCUGAAUUGGGGCCGGUGAACUUCAAUGGACUUCAGCAUGAACACAUGAACGCAGGAGAAUCUGAGAUGCCUGUGUUGAAAUCCCAGAGAAGACGCAGUGAUGUGAAAGUCUACAAAGAGUUCUGUGACUUCUAUGUGCGCUUUAACAUGGCGAAUGCUUUAGCAAAUGCAGUAUGUGAGCGAUGUAAGAGCACCUUCACACCCACAGAGAAGAUCGUCAACAGUGACGGCGAGUUGUAUCACGAGCAGUGCUUCGUCUGUGCGCAGUGUUUUCAACAGUUUCUGGAGGGGCUCUUUUAUGAGUUUGAGGGCAGGAAAUACUGUGAGCAUGAUUUCCAGAUGCUGUUUGCUCCGUGCUGUCAUCAGUGUGGAGAGUUCAUCAUAGGUCGUGUAAUAAAGGCCAUGAACAGCAGCUGGCACCCGCACUGUUUCUGCUGUGAUAUCUGUCAGACUGUGCUCGCUGAGGUGGGCUUUGUCAAAAAUGCAGGCAGACACUUGUGUCGUCCGUGUCAUAAUCGUGAGAAGGCUCAUUGUUUGGGCAAAUACAUCUGUCAGAAGUGUCACGCCAUCAUUGAAGAUCAUCCUCUUAUAUUCAAGAAUGAUCCGUAUCACCCCGACCACUUCAGCUGCAAUAACUGCGGUAAAGAGCUGACGGCUGAUGCAAGGGAACUGAAAGGUGAGCUGUAUUGCUUGCCAUGCCAUGAUAAGCUGGGCGUGCCAAUCUGCGGUGCCUGCAGGAGACCUAUAGAGGGGCGUGUGGUAAAUGCUAUGGGCAAACAGUGGCACGUUGAGCAUUUUGUGUGUGCUAAAUGUGAGAAACCGUUUCUUGGUCACCAGCAUUAUGAGCGCAAGGGCCUGGCGUACUGUGAGACGCAUUACAACCAGCUCUUUGGCGAAUGCUGUUACCACUGUAACCGUGUCAUAGAGGGAGACGUUGUGUCUGCGUUGAAUAAGGCCUGGUGCGUCAACUGCUUCACCUGUUCCACAUGCAACUCUAAGCUGACUCUCAAGGAUAAGUUUGUGGAGAUGGAUCUUAAGCCGGUGUGUAAGCGCUGCUAUGAGCGAGUGCCAGAGGACCUCAAGAGACGUUUAGCCAGGCGUGAACGUGACACGAAAGACAAGAGAAAGAAAAUCCCCAUCUGUAUAUAACCAGUCUCAUCUCUAGUUGUGUUCUCUCAUAGGUGUUUUUAGAAGACAGGAAAACAGUGUGCAGGACGUAUGUUAAUGAAGAGACUUAAGAAUCUGAUCAUUACAGUCAAGACUGUUUUCAAGCAGCUUUCUGAAACAGAGGCGACAGUUUGUAAAAGUUAUACUCAAUUACAUAAUACAACAAAAUAAGGCCAUAAUAUCUGAGUUUAUGGAACAUUUAUCUGGCCAAGAAUUUGUUGUAGGCUACUUUUUAUCAUUUGUAUGUUACAAGCUGUAUCACAAUAACAAAACACAUAUUUUACUGCGGUUUUCUGUUUCAAUAAAGACCACUAUUAAUUUACUGUUAAACUCUAAAAAGAUGGUGUGUCCAUACAUAAAAAUAGCCCUAUGUAUUUCUAUGUAUUUUAGCUGUUGUAAAUUAAGGUGUGUCAUUUUGUGUUCUUGCUUGAGUUGUGAAGGAUUGUAUUUGACGUGUCAUAGUCAUUAUUAUAAAUAUUUUUGCAGUUGCAAAAUUAUUCACAUAUUUCUCACAUUUUGAUUGUUGAUACAUUUUGACACAAAUAAGAGACCAAUUGCAUUCUUUUUUUGUCAUUAACAUUUUAUUAAUUCCAUACAUAAAAAAUUAUAUAAAAUUAGGACAAACAUAAAUACAUGGAAUCAUUUAUAUCCAUAUUAUUUCAAAUAAAUUUGGCUAAACUAUCAUAUUCAGGGAUGUAGUGGAGGCUAAACGCACGUAAACGCCGUUUACGCACCUCCCAAAAUUCGGAAAUAGCAUUUACCCACCUCCAAAGUGGGUUUAUCCACCUCUAAAUUGCGUUUAUCCACCUCUAAAUAGAUAGUUCCUAAGCCAUUUUAAAUUAAACUUAUGUCGUUUUAGUUUCAUAUUGUUCAUUAUUAGUUUCAUAGGUUGUUAAACCUAAGACGAAGUCUUUCAUAAUGCGCGUGCAUCGAUAUUGACUACUACCAGCUAUAUACAGCGUGCUGACCUCAAAAAUCCAGCUGUAUUCUAACAAUAACUUAGCUCUCCUUAUUAGCUAGGCUCCUUGCAUGCUGGCUAAUAACAUAGCAAUUUUUCUCUGGCCCAGCUCCGGCCCACACAACCUGCUUUUGCUUGGCCCACAUACCGCAAUGAAUGACGGCCCUAGUGUGGACCAGGUCUGGAUUCCAGACAAGGGCUACACAUGGGCCAUAACUGGGCCAAGUCUCAGCCAAGUUAAUUACCCAUAACUGGCCCAGAAUUGGGCCAGAUCAAAAUGUAACAUUGGAACCAAAACAUAACCUUAAGUAAACCAUAUCAACACCAGUAUUUAAGCAGAAAGGCCAGAACUGAGCCACACCCGAGACUGAAACACAGGUGAACUAAAACCUGGCAGCCACAAUAUGGGCCACAGAUGGGCCAUGACAGAUCCACAAUAUGGGCCACAGAUGGGCCAUGACAGAUCCAUAUCUCAGCCACCUGUAUGACCAUAGCUGGCCCUAUUCUGGUCUGGACCAGAUGAGUUCCAUGUCAGCCUCAACACCACCAUAACCAAGCCACUUACACACCCCUCCCAGAUGAAUAGUCACAACAAGACAGUAUUCUGAACAAAUAUUUAUUUGUGUUAAACAUCAAAGCAUUGGCAUCUGACAUUUUUCAGUUGUACAAACAACUCCUAUCUAAAAUGGCACUCCUCUCUCA